AUGAUGGAACAUUUCCGGAAUAUAAAUCUGUACCUACAGAAGGCGAAUGCUGAGCUGAGCUUCGGUGAUGAUGAUUCGCAUGAUUUCAGGAAACCUACAGCAAUGGUGGUAACAACACAACUUACCAUUGCUACGUUACUCGGACUAUUUGCGUUGUUAUCAUUUUCUAUACUUCUUAAGAAGAUGCCAAAGUUAUAUGCCAGUAGAAAAUAUAAAGACGGUGGAAGUCUUGGGUUGCCAUCGUGGAAUGAAAACCUGCUGUUUGGCUGGUUAACUAAAUUAUAUGAGAUCAAUGAUAAGCAGGUAUUAGAGUAUGCUGGGCUGGAUGCGUUUGUGUUCUUAGGAUUUUUCAAGAUGUGUAUUAAGCUAUUGGCCUCGUACUGCUUUUUCUCCAUCUGCAUAAUCUCGCCGAUUCGAUAUCAUUUUACAGGGGAAUAUGAUGAUGGAUCUGAUAAUAAUAAAUUUGGACUCAUGAAAAGGUACCUCAAAGUUAGUCAGGAUAUGCCAAUUGAGGCACCAGAGAGGGCUAAUUUAUAUUUGUGGAUGUAUGUGAUAUUUACAUACUUUUUCACUUUCCUUGCAAUUCAUAUGCUAUUAACUCAAACUAAAUUGACUGUGAGUACUAGACAGUCAUAUCUAGGAAGGCAAAACACUAUAACAGAUAGAACUAUUAGAUUGUCAGGGAUCCCUAUUGAGCUACGUGACAUGCAAGCUCUGAAAAAUAGAAUUGAACAAUUGAAGAUCGGGACGGUCUCUUCAAUUACCAUUUGUAGGGAGUGGGGUCCCUUAAAUAAUUUAUUCCAUUACAGAGAAAAGGUUUUAAAAUUGUUAGAAUUGAAAUAUUCAGAAUGCCCACCUCACUUACGCUCUCGUGAAUCGUACCCUGAAACCUAUCACUUGGGGAGAGAUGAUGAAACACCGACCACCCUCCCAGAUGUUAGUAAUGCUGAACCUGGUGACGAAGAAGAUAAUACUUUGUAUGCAGAGGUAAGUUUGAAAGAGAGACCAACCAUGAAGGUGGGGUUGUUUGGAUUGUUUGGAGAGAAGAUCGACGCCAUUGAUCAUUUGGAAAGUCAAUUAAAGUUCAUAGAUCAGGAGAUAAACGAUGCAAGAAAAAAGCAUUAUUCAGCAACCCCAACGGCAUUCGUUACCAUGGACUCCGUGGCGAAUGCACAAAUGGCAGCACAAGCUGUUUUAGAUCCUCGUGUUCACUAUUUUAUUACCAGAUUGGCACCUGCUCCUCAUGACAUAAAGUGGGAUAAUGUUUGUUUGUCAAGAAAGGAUAGAUUGACCAAGAUCUACUCUGUAACUGUAUUUAUUGGUCUAUCCAGUAUAUUUUUGAUUAUUCCUGUCUCCUAUUUAGCUACCUUAUUGAACUUGAAGUCUAUUUCUAGGUUUUGGCCAAGUUUGGGUAAGAUUUUAAAGGAACAUCGUUGGGCAGAGAAUCUUGUAACAGGAUUAUUACCAACAUAUAUUUUCACACUGUUAAACGUUGGAAUUCCAUAUUUCUACGAAUAUCUAACGUCUCUACAAGGGUUGGUAUCUUAUAGUGAAGAGGAAAUUUCAUUAGUCUCCAAGAACUUUUUUUAUAUUUUCGUCAACUUGUUCCUGGUCUUUACAUUGGCAGGGACUGCUUCUAACUAUUGGGGUUAUUUAAGUGAUACUACGAAAAUUGCAUAUCAAUUGGCUACAUCCGUGAAAGAAUUUUCAUUAUUUUAUGUGGAUUUGAUUAUAUUACAAGGUAUAGGUAUGUUUCCCUUCAAAUUGUUAUUGGCUGGUAGUCUAAUUGGAUUCCCCUUAGUGAAGAUUCAAGCUAAGACCCCAAGACAAAGGAAGGAACUUUAUAACCCACCAAUUUUCAAUUUUGGAUUACAAUUACCUCAACCAAUAUUGAUACUGAUCAUCACUUUGUUAUACAGUGUAAUGAGUACUAGAAUUCUUGUAUCAGGAUUGGCCUAUUUUAUAAUUGGAUUUUAUGUUUACAAGUAUCAACUAAUUUAUGCUACGGAUCAUCUACCUCAUUCCACGGGGAAAGUGUGGCCGUUGAUAUUUAGGAGAGUCAUAUUAGGAAUUUUAUUAUUCCAAUUAACGAUGACAGGUACUCUUGCAGGGUUCGAUGGUGGAUGGAUUUUAUCAUCAUGGUUGUUCCCUCUGCCAUUUAUUACUUUGAGUUAUUGGUGGGAUUUUGAAAAGAAUUACCUACCAUUGUCGCAUUAUAUUGCGUUAAGUUCUAUUCGUGAACAUGAGAGAGAUAAUUCAUUGGUUUGCUCCCCGGUGGAAACUGAAUCUUAUGAAUAUCCUUAUUUGGUGGAUGGACUUGAGUCUCCUCAAAUGAGCUAA